AUGGUGAAAGCUACAGUGGGAAUAUUCUUUACACUUUUUACUCCUUAUUGCGAACACAAAGUUAACAUGAUGCUGUUCUCUGCUGCCUUCUGUGCUAUGCUCGUCCUAUGCACGGCCGCACCAUCCAGAUUUAAAAGUCGGAGCUUCACGGAUUGCCAAGUGAACGGCAAGAUAUACAGGGACGGUGAAUUCUUCACUAUGUCGGCCAAUCCAUGUCUCCACUACAGAUGUAACAAAGGAGGUUAUCAAAUAGAAGUCUGGGAGUGCAAGGACAGUAAAGGUGCUUGUCACGCUAUAAAUAGUGAAAUUUACGACCGCUGUGAUGUGCAUCGAUGCGUGAUGCAAGGGGACUGGGCUUCCUUCGUAUUAGCAAGGAAAGAAUGCCGUGAUGAAUUCGGUCGGUGCCACCCCGUGGGCUAUCAACGAAUGAGUCACUGUAGGCUACAAGUGUGCACCAUCGCAGACAACGUGGCCUACUUCAAAAACGUAAACAGAGAUGGAAAAAUGUGUUAGGACUCGACCAGAGCGAUUUCUCUACGUCAUUGACGGAUUCCUUUUGGAGACGGUCGAUACUUUCUAAGACUCUUGUUCGGACUGGCUAUUCCAAACGGAAUUUCAAUUCUCCCGUCUUCUUGUGCGAUCUGCUCGGGAGAAGCAGUACAUAUACAUGUAGUAUUUGCGGUCUUUUGUCUUGUACUUCUUCUGAAAUAAACUUCACGUGUCA